AUGGCAGUGUCCAUAGCUGCCACCGGGGCUCCGCACGCAAAGGCGCCGAUUGCGGGCAAGCCCCUUCGACUUCGACUACAGGGGAUUCCUCGAGCCGAGCGCUCCUUUGGAAGAUGCCAAGCUGCCGGGCUUGUUGCCGGCGUUGCCCCUGUCCUCGCAGCGAGGCAGACAAGGCGGGAGCGCAUCGCGAGAGCUGCCGAGCCUGGUGGCGUGCGGCAGGCGAAGAAAGCGAGCCAGCCUGACCGGCAGGCAGCACUGGCAAUGAGCAUGUACGGGCAGAAGAUCAUCGGGGCUGACAAGACGGUCCCCGAAGUGGUCCCCGCAGAACUCCUCGAGGGAGAGUUUGGCAAGGAGUUGGAAGCUGCCAUGGAGGCCAUGGUGGAGGUCCUACACAUGCUCUGCCUAGGGACACUCAUCCUGGAGGAUGUCAAGGACAAAUCAACCGUCGGUUUGUAUGGUUACAAGCUGGAAGAGAACUAUGUCCGGGAGGAAACCACAAUGCCAGCAGCUGCUGUGACAUGCUAUAUCCUGAAGAUGUUGAAGGAGAAGUUCCCCGAGGACGUGGUCAUAUCCGACCAGAACCCCGAGCUCUUGUCAAACGAUGAGAAGUUUGCGGAGGCUGUGGCAUCUUUCCUCUCGAGCUUCGACUUGAUUCCCGAGGCAGAUGCUGCAAGUGCGUCAAAGUGGCAUGGCCUCUGCCAAUCGUAUCCAGCGGAUGCAGAGACUGCCCCUGACAGAUAUUGGGUUUUCAAUCCUGUGGACACAGCCACCGAGUUUCGUGACGCCAAACAGUUCUGCAGCACGCUGUGCCUGAUGAAAGGGGGUGAGCCAAUUGUAAGUGUCGUUGGCUGCCCCAUGCUCAGCUUCGACCAUCCGAGCCGCACCACAAGCCACCCGUCAGGCAGCAGCAUCUUCUAUGCUGUUAAAGGACAGGGGGCAUGGACGCAGUGCGUCAUCAUGGAAAGGCAGACCGGAAUCUACCUGGGCCGGUAUGGACUGAAGGGCAAGUCCUUGAAGCUGGAUGUCUCACAGAAGAUCAAGCGUGGCAACGAUGGCCUCUACGAUAUGCUUGGAACGGAGCAGCUGCGCAUCGCACAGCAUGCACGGAUGCGCCAGGACAUCUUCCUGGACUCCGAGCGAAUCGCGAAGCUGCUUGGCUCGGAGUUUGCAAAGUUCCACUUCGUCAACAACGCGCUGAAGUUCUGUUGGCUGGCUCGCGGAGAUGAGGAUGUGGCUUGGACAAUCACCCAAGGGCUAUAUGACAAGUCCGCGAGCCUCAAGGUCACAGAACAUGCAGCAGGCGUUCUCGUGGCGAUGGAGUCAGGGGCGGCAGUGGCAGACCUCGAUGGCAAGGACAUCGACUGGUCCUGCGGCCCCCUGCUUUCUAAGAAUCGCGGCCUCUUUGCGACGGAUCCGAAGAAGGUCCCCAAGCAAGGCUUGAUCAAUGCUGUCAAAGAAGCCACCGACAAGUCGGAGGUACUCUACGAAGAUAGAUGUGAGAAGAGGAAAGAGAAGGCCGCGAUGCUGCGGAAAAUCUUCGAGAAUCUUGCCAAUCACGCCGAGACACCAGAAGAGUUGAAGGGAGCCGAAAUGGUUCGGAAGAAGGGUAUUGAGAUGCUGGACGACGAGGAAGAGAUGAUGAAGCUUACCCAAGAAUCCAUGAACCGAAAUGAGACAAGCAGAAUGGGGGCUCCUCCAACGCCUGAUCCAGACGCGCUGGAGGGUCGUGCGUUUCGCCAGCUGAGUCGGAGUGCGCCGCUGCGCCUGCGGAUGGGAAUCCGCUUCCAGGCCUGCAGCCGAGUCAAGACGCAGCGCAUGUCAAUGUACCGUGAAGUGUCCAUCGUGGCCGUGACCCACUUAUUUUCCUCAAAGGCGCGAAUCCUGGGCAUGGCCCAGAGUAGCAGCUUUGAAGACGAUGAUGUCUUCUUUGCAAGCCUCUUGGAUGACGGGCUGCCCGAAGGUCCGACGGCUCCCAAGCAACCCGGUGCCGGUGAAGCUGAAGCUGGACUCGCUUCCAUCGAGGACGAGACAGGCCUCGAGAGUGUGGCCUCCAGUGUGCCACCUGCAGAUCUGGAUUUUUCCGCAGAGGACCUUUCACUGAGAGCGGUCUUGAUCGGUUUUUAUAGAGCUAGAAACCCUUCAAAUCUGUCAAGCAUCAAUGCAGUGGUGCGCCGGUUCCGCAGCGGGGGCAUCGCCGACUUGUGGGCACAGCUGGCUGUCAAAUAUGCCGUGCCCCCCGGGGAGGCCGUGGACCUACUGGCAAGAACGAUUUAUGCGUCGAGCAUCGAAGACGAUGACGUGGAGAGCUUGCUCCAGAAGCUACGCCUGCGUGGCAGGGAACUGGAAACCGCCAUCACUGAAGGGCAUCUAAGUGCGACUCGUGCUCUGUGCUCUCGUGGCAUUCAGCCCGAAUUGCGGGCACAGUGUUGGAAGGCGCUUCUGGGGUAUUUGCCUCCCGGAGGGCACACCCACUGGGGGGCGAUUCUCCAGCGCAAACGCAGUGAAUUUCAUGAGCGAUUGGCCGAGUUCCUGGACUCGACAGGAACACUGAAGUCGGAGGACCCGCGUCAAAGCGAGAUGUUGGACACUGUGAAGGACGAAGUCGACCUUACGCUUCGCAGAUGUCAGGUUGGUGUGAAGGCUGAAUCUCUGGUUUCAAUUGUCUUCCUGUUUCUGGUUGUCGAGGGUUUAGAUUAUGUGAAAGGAAUGAGCGACAUGGCCGCCAUCAUCGUCCAUGUUUUGAGCCAAGAUGGCGAUUAUUCAGAUGCGGAUUCAUAUUGGUGUUUUGCUGCGCUUGUUGCCGAGUUGAAGACUCGAAUGACAAACGUUGAGCGUACGUCGGCGUUUGUACAUGGCUUGGUCGGAACUCGUAGCAGUGUUCUGAGCAGGUAUGAUGCUGAGCUUUCGGGCCACUUUGCGGCCUUAGAGUUUGAGCCCGGCGUUGUCGUUCUGAGAUGGUUCAUGCUGCUGUUCGCCGAAGCUUCGCCGGAGUCCUUGGGUGACGCCGUGAUGUGGUGGGACGCCUUCCUAGCAGACCCGAACCGCUUCGAGCUUCCAGGCUACGCUUGCGUGGCCUUGUUGCUGGAACAUCGCGAGGACUUGCUCGAGGCGGAAAACGUCCUGGACCUGGCAGAGAAGCUGCAAAGCCUACCCCUCCAAGAGGGCUUCAGCUCAGUGAUUCGGAAGGCUUGGGCCGUUUGCCUGUUUGAGAGGCGCACGGCUCCGCCGCAGUUCCCUCCUCCCUCGACUGCAGAGGUGGUGAGGGACAUGGAUCCAUCCCAGCACGGCGGCUGGGAGGUGAGCAACCUCAAAGGCUAUCGUGAGACACGGCUUGGCAGGAUGCCGCUGCGAGUUGCCAGCAUUGUGUCCUGGCAUUCCUAUUGGGCCGCAUUCCGUGUUCACGUACAGAAGUACGAUUCCGAAGACAAGGUCAUCAUUGAUCGACAGCUCCUGACCAAGAAGAUGUCUACAGCUGUUGAGAAGCAGAGGCGAGGAGAAGCAAGGCAGCUUUCCAGCGGACGCUUUCACGUCACGGCACACAGCCGUCGACAACAGGCAGUCGACAAACGGAAGCGCAUCAAGGUCGUUCGGAAGCAGGCCGACUUGCUGCCCGCUGUUGUCAUGAAGCCAGUGGCUUCUCCGACUUUGCCCCGAUACACCUUAAUCUUCCUGCACGGGAUGGCAGGGCCUGAGGUUGUGUAUCUCUCAGGAUAUGCCGACAGGCCUCACUACUUCCAUGAUGGGAGCGCGGCUCUCAAGGUGCUCAUUCCAACGGCACCGCUCCGUGAGAUCAGCUGCUUCGACACCUGGUGGUCCAAGGUGAAGAGCCGGGAUGUGAAGGGGGGCCGUUGGAGAUUGGAGAAGUUCAACUCCUGGUACGACUACAUCAGCAACCGCGGUGGUCGCAAAGAGGAUGCCAUUGAUAUCGACUCCUUGCACCGAACGCAAGAAUCACUUCAUGAGAUCAUCGCUCGCGAGGCAGAAGAGCUGGGCGGACGCAGUGAUCGGUGCCUUGGUCAAAAUAGGAAUCAGAAGUCUACAUCUUUGCUGAACUUUUGA